AUGUGGGCAAAGUCAUUUGGCAUUUGCCUUCUUGCUCUGGGCCCAACUGUAUCCGCAGGAAUUUUGGGCCAGCGCAGCUCUGAUUCAUUCAGUCUCUACGCAUAUGGAGAUAGCAUUGGAGGCCUCCCAUUGUAUUAUGCCGAUGGAAACGCAAUAAUUGCCAACCAUACACCCGAUAAUGCAACAGAUGUCGGCCAGGUUGCUUUCACCCCCGGGUCAUCGGGGCCUCUAGUCGGCAACCCGGCCAACGAGACCGAUACCAGUGGAAAGAGGAGCGGUUCAGGUUCUUUCAAGAACCAGCAGCUGUUUGUUCCAAGCGCCAAUUCUACGGACCACCAGGUUGGCUUCACUGCGAGCGCGUCGUCAGACCAGGUUACCUCGAAAUUUAUAUGGUAUGGCCACUUCCUUCUGGUGGAGACGGAUGAUGGUGAAUACACCUCGUUGUUCUAUGCCAAGAAGAACAACUCCCAGGAAGGUGCAUAUUCUCUGCAGUGGAACAUCACCGAUGACGAUGAGGACGGCGAGUACUACUCUGUCUCGAUGAGAUCCAUUGCACCAUCGAACGCGUGA